AUGCCUGUCAUUGCUGUGGCUGGUGGUAGCGGUGGCGUGGGGAAAACCGUUGUGGAAAAAUUACUUGAGGAACCUAAGUUUGACGUGGUCGUGUUGUCUCGCAGUGUGAGACAGGACCAGGGUCCGCAGAAGGUGCAAGCUGUGCAGAUUGACUACGAUGAUGUCCACUCAAUGACACAGGCGCUUGAGCAACACAAUAUCCACACCAUCAUUUCCGCGAUUGGCUUAGUUUCUGAUGAGACGAGUCAGUCUCAGUUAAACUUGAUCGAAGCAGCAGAUAAGUCGAGGGCAACGAAAAGAUUCAUCCCCAGCGAAUUUUCCUUUGUACAAACUGCCGAUUUGCUUGCUAUUGACCCCAGUAUUCAGUGGUGGCUCGAUGCGGCAACUUGUCUCAAGACCAGUAGUCUAGAAUAUACCAGGGUGAUCCCUGGCUUUUUUAUGGACUACUGGGGAAUGCCACAUGUCCAAACCCAUUUGCAGCCAUUUAGCUUUGGAAUUGACAUAUCCAGUGCCACGGCGGCUAUCCCAGGAGAUGGUAACAAUGUGAUUUGUAUGACAUACACUUACGACAUGGCUACCUAUCUGGUCAAGGCACUUGGUCUCAAGGAAUGGCCCGAGUUUAGUGUUAUUGUUGGGGAUGAAGUUACCUAUAACCAGAUUUUGAGCAUGGCCGAGGAAUUCACUGGCAAGAAAUUCAACGUCACUUACGAUAGCGCAGACCAGAUCAAGUCUGGUGAUGUCACUGUUCCUGUUCAGCCAGACGGAGUAGACUCCUCGGCAGAAGAGCUUAAGGAGACCACCGCGUUAGUGAGCCGACUCACUAUCAACAAGGUGUUCCAAUUACCGGGAGAUCGACUCAACGCUCAGUUCCCUGAGGUCAAGCCAAUCAAGAUGCGCGAGUUCUUGCACAAGGCGUGGAAACAACACAGUGCAUAG